AUGAAAUAUCUAUUAUGUAUACUAUUCAUAUCUCCUGCUUGUGGACUUUCUAUAAACACUAGAAUUUUCGGCGGAGAAAAAGUCGAAGAUGAACCAGGAGAAAGAGGGAGAUUUCAUCAUCUUGCUCUUCUUCGUUUCAGCAAUAGCAUUUGUUCUGGCGUCUUCAUUGAAGAGGAUUGGAUUCUUACAGCGGCGCACUGUCAACCCAUUUUGCAAUCAACAACGAUUUUUGCUGGCCCGACGACGAAUUUUACGUCGGCGUAUGAAUACCGCCCGAUUAAAGUCAUUCCACAUCCCGACUUCAACGAGACUGAUCUUAAUAAUGAUAUUUCACUUGUAAAAGUCGAGUCCGUAAAUUUGUCUGAGUUGAGCAAUGAUUUCCCGCUUUCGCCUGUUUUUCCGAAGACUGGAGACUUGUUGAAACAGAGCUCUUGCUACGUGGCUGGCUACGGACAUACAUCAGAGGAGCCCCAUGUAAUUGACGGGAGCCUGUAUUUUGCAAACUUACCGCUCGUAGAUGAAACAACCUGCAAAGAACAUAACUCUCAAAUAGAGAGCUUUUACGGUACCAUCGAAUAUGAAAAUCGUGUUUGCGCUGGUGAAAUUGGAAAAACAGACUCUUGCACGGGCGAUUCAGGAGGGCCACUCAUUUGUUCGACUGACAACAACGAGGAAUUCGUCGUUGGAGUCACUUCUUUUGGACCUAUGCCUUGUGGAACUGGAUACGGUGUCUACGCAAAAGUAUCUCAAUAUUCGAAAUGGAUAGAUUCUGUGGUAAAUAUUGAAGAAGAAUGCUGCCGAACACUUAAGAUUUCUUCUAGAUUUCCUGAGCUAAAUGGAGUUUAUGAAGUCUCAGAAAACGGCGAUAUCUUCAAUCAAACAGAAAGCGGUGCUUUUGUCCAAAGAGCAGAAUACUUAGACCGUUCUUACUGGCUUUUCUUCAACACUGAAAAUAGAUCGACAUCAACGACUAGGAUACGAACAAAUGACUCUUUCCAAAACGCGAAUAGCACAUGUAUUCUUAAAGAAGAUGAGUAUGUGAGUGAAAGCGGAUCAUUUGACUAUCAAACUGGAGAAAUCUCUGAUACAUGGACGGCAGACGACGGAUCUAUCUCACUUACAUGCUUAGAGAGCGAUCCAACAACCACAGUUCAAGAAAAAACUCGUCAAGAAAAAAAUUCUACUCAUGCAGUUGUUGAGUCAAGUACGAGCUCAUCAAGAGUCUUGGAAACAACUACUAGGCCAGAAACGAACUCAGAAUCAACUUCAGAAUCAACUACAGCGCAAACAUUUGUGUCUACUACAGUUUUAAAAUCCACGACAUCAACAACGAAAUCAUCCGCAUCCCCCUGUUUUUAUUUUGCUUUCCUCAUCGUUCUUUGCAUUAUUAUUUGA